AUGCACUUUUCUACUGCAGUUAUUGCCUCCGUUGCCGCUCUGGCACCGCUUGCUAGCGCUGUUGGCAACGCUGUCUCUCACCUAUGGUCCGUUGGUGGUAGCGUUGGCCCCAAGCAAACCAUCCCAGCAGGCGGCAGCUACAGCGAAGCACUGCACCACGACAGUGCCUCCGGUGGCAUCUCGCUGAAGAUCACCACCGUUGACAACGGUCUGUACAACGGCAGUCCGCAGACCAACUUUGCCUACACUCUGGACCCAGGCACAGUUUGGUAUGACCUGUCAGAUGUCUUCGGCGACCCAUUCUCCGGCAAGACGAUUGUUGUGCGGCCCACAGACACGACUUGCUCGAGCAUCUGUUGGCCACAGGGUGUUAACCCCGGCGGCAGUCAGACUAAGAACUGUAACUCGGACAGUAGUAUCAACCUGAACCUCUGUGCGGCCAAGUGCUAA